UUCUAUCCCUUCCGUGGCCCUCACGAGGUACCCGAUCCACAAAACCCUACGCCAACUAUAAAACCAGCCACAACCGAAGUCAAAGUGCGCACCAGUCUCCCAAAGUCCCAGUUUCUGCGCCGCUGAUUUGAUUCGAAGAUGAGCUACCAGAUCUGCAGGUCGGCUUCGAGGGCUGUGAGGUCCCUCCUCUCGGCUUCUAAGAGCUCGCCGAUCCUCUUUGAGGGACGAGCUAUUGCAGCAACUACAGUAAACAAAUCAAGAGGAAGGUAUUCUACUUUGUCCUCCCUUUAUGUGGGUGCCAGUUACAAGAGUACAUAUGGUGGAUGGUUACCUGCUGCUCUGGCUCUUCCAGCUGCAGUGUACAUGCUUCAGGAGGAGGUUCAUGCAGCUGAGUUAGAAAGGACUUUUAUCGCAAUAAAGCCAGAUGGAGUCCAAAGAGGCCUGAUAGCAGAGAUAAUUUCACGUUUCGAACGCAAAGGGUAUAAGCUGGUAGCUAUAAAAUUGGUAGUUCCUUCCAAUGAGUUUGCUCAGCAGCAUUACCAUGAUCUCAAGGAGAGGCCUUUCUUUAGUGGCUUAUGUGACUUUCUGAGCUCGGGUCCUGUACUUGCCAUGGUUUGGGAAGGGGAGGGAGUUAUAAAGUAUGGUAGAAAACUUAUUGGUGCAACAGACCCACAAAAAUCAGAGCCGGGAACCAUCCGAGGUGAUCUUGCGGUUGUUGUUGGAAGAAACAUAAUCCAUGGAAGUGACGGACCUGAAACGGCUAAAGAUGAGAUUGCCCUCUGGUUUUCACCUACCGAACUUAUUUCUUACGCCAACAAUGCGGAGAAGUGGAUCUAUGGAGUUAAUUGAUUAGCAUCUCAAAUAAUUUCUAUUUAAAUUCUUUGGCCGUACUUAAUAGCCAAAAUAUGCAAAAUUUGCAUUCCUACUAACUAUUUCUGAUUGUGGAAAAUCCACAUGAUAAAGGGUAAUAAUGAUGAAUAAGUCCUGUCUUUUCGAGAAGCAGCUGCCACCAUGAAAUUGUUCUUUCAGGCAGUUGGCUUAUGUAACGUUUGAUUUAAUAAGCCCUGAAUGAUCACUUGUCCUUAUAACACUCAAAAUGAAGAGGCAAAAUAACCCUAAACUUCACAGAAUUCUACUUGUGAAACACCAUUGUGGAAUGUUGCAUUCACCAUAAUUAGUUGUUGUAAUGAGUAUUAUUAGGGUUGAAGAUCA